CAACAGGUCACGCUCAGUGUGAACACGUGGUCUGGGGAAGAACAAACUCGUGUCUUUGUUCAAUUCCGUCGGCGUUUUCCAUGUUUUGGUCGUUAUUUCGGUGUGUAUGUAGUACGGUGCUGGUUGGCGGUGCGGGUUUCUGCUCUUCUACUCAGGACGUGUCGCGGGCCAUGUUUGACACUUGCGCCGAGUAGCGGAGGCAGCUGUCAGUGUCACGGCGUGUUGACGGCGUGGCCGGGCACCAUUGUUCAAACAGUUAUUCCUUCCGCGAGAUCCCCGCACACUUGUUAACUCGCACUGUCGACAAAACACCCCUCCACUUUACUCUAUUAGGUAUUUUAAUGGUGGACGUUUCUAACUGCAUUUGUCGUGAGGUAAAAUCUAAAAAUAGCAACUUUGUUUCUUCCAGAUGUUUCAACAAUUUACGUUGUGUAUUUAUACACCUCGCGAGACGAGGUGGCUUAGUGACGAGUAUGAUUCGGGAGACGGUCGGUUUAGGGAGUCUGCUCAGGGAGCUGAGGCGAGCGCCAAGAAGCGCCGUGGGAACCUGCCUAAGGAGUCUGUCCGGAUUCUGAAGGGCUGGCUGUACGAGCACCGCUACAACGCGUAUCCGACCGACCAGGAGAAGGUCCACCUGUCUAAUGCGGCCGACCUGACCGUGCUGCAGGUGUGCAACUGGUUCAUCAACGCCCGCCGCCGGAUCCUCCCUGAGAUGAUCAAGAGGGACGGGAUGGACCCCCACCAGUUCACCAUCACGCGCAGGAACAAGGGCGAUAAGCCCUUCAGUGACGACGAGGACAAGUUUCCACGAAUUGACACAAACCGGAAGUUUGACUCCUCUGAGGACAGCGCCUCCAGUCGGGACUCGGACCGGUCUCCGCGUCUCGUUUCCAUGGAGACAGACGGUUACGUGUCAGACAGUGAAACGUCAUCGUCCAGUGAUUACAAUUCAGAAACGGAAUCCGUAUCAAAACAUUUCUCCCCGCGCCUGCCAUUUACCUCCUCCCUUUCAACACCCACGCCCCCGCCCUCCCCAUCCAACAAACAGGGCAAGGAUGACAUUUUCCGUUGUUUUUAUAUGCUUGUCGACGUUGCCAUCAGUCAGUUGGAAAAACAAAGACAAAUGGAAGCGAGCAAAACAAACUGACAGUCACAACACAAUCGCUAUUCGGCGAGUGGUUGAACAGACGUGCGGACAACCACGUGUGCGUGACGUCACAUGAUCGCAUUUCAUAGUUUCCCGCGCUAUUACGUCCUCUGGUGAUCUAGACAGCCCCGCUGGAGUUAGUUUAUAACGAGUAACUGGCGAACAGUUGUGGAGGGAUUGUAACCUAAACUGUAGUGUUACGGAUGCAAGUCAUGGUGUACUUUUAGCUUUGUCACGUGUUUUAAUAUCAAUCUCGUGCAGAACACUCAACGCUGUCCAAAUACGCCAUUACAGUGUCUUCUAUUUGUGAGUUUUGUUCUAGAACGUUGGGUCACUUGUCUAGUAACCUGGUUGACUAUAAGUUGUUAAACUUGACUAACACUUGGCUCACUAUUAACCCAUUUGUGACAGAAAAAACCACCCAAAAUAACAAUUCCAGGAUUUUGGCCCGACAAGCAGGUAUUCGUUAACAUUUCAAGAGUGGUUACACAUGGACUUUGUUACAUUUGUUGAGACCCAUGAGGUUUGUUACAUGGUGCACGGUAUUGACUAGGGUUUGAGUGUUUAUAACGGAUAAGCAUUGAUACGUUUUGUAUCGUUAUACUUGGCGAGGACGCCGGUAAAUGUUGCGCUGUGAAAGGCGACAUAUGCUUUGUGUACGACUUCUGGCGAUUGUAGGUCGCGCUCUGCCGCUAACCAGCUGACGGCCUGUAAUCUAGUCACGUGGUCUCGGGAGCACGUGGCGAGGUGACAGCUCGACUGGUUUUCGGCGAGACAAAGCGAUUUACCUGGAAAUAGAAUAAGUUGCUUUACGUGGAUUAAUUGUAAUGUAAAAAUUGCACAGAUGCUCGGAGAGACGGGAUUACGACUGGAGUCGUGCUUCUGCUCUAGUAUCGAUGUAAUUAGCGGCCAGACUCCACCGGUCGUACACUCACGUGUAUUUACUAAGCUGCUCAGAAGUUUUAUUCUGUGGAAUGUCGAAACGCUGGUUACCGAAUAGUUGUAUGGACCACACUGUCCGUGCAGCCGUAUCUGGACCACACUGUCCGUGCAGCCGUGUCUGGAGCACACUGUGCUAUUCAGUAGUGACACCGGGUACUUGUUAAACGUCCACCGAUCCAGUGACUGAUCGCCACGUUUAAACCUGGCCACAUUACACUGAUAAUCAUGUUGUACAAACAAUGUGUCACUGCGCCCGACAUAGAUUUCUCUGAUCGUAGUAGCAUUGCUGGUAGAUUUGACUUGUAUACAUAAUAUGACACAUAUAGUCAUGCAUUUGUCUAGUAGUUAUCCCCUGACCCAGUUAAAAACACCUAGGUACCCCCCUCUCCGAUACAAUUUGUGCAUGAUCCCAAACGUUAUAGAUUUCCCUUUAGUCGCCUUUACAGUCCGGUUUACCCUGGGGUGGUACAGUCGUAGCGCCACGCGUGCAGUAACCACAAGCACGUACUGGUGUUCUGUACUACAGCCAAACACAUUUACUAGUUUGCUCCCCAUGGACAUUCAUAUGUUGGAACGUCCCCCCCCCCCCCCUUUUUUUUUCUUUUCUUUUUUCGUUUUUUUUUUGUGUGCAAGAUUUUGCUGUCCCUAUAAUUGAUCUCCCUAGACCUGUGCACGAACACGGCUCCCAGUACACCGGUGUUCACACUAACUGCUCCCAGUACACCACUGUUCACACUAACACGGCUCCCAGUACACCAGUGUUCACACUAACACGGCUCCCAGUACACCAGUGUUCACAUUAAACGUUGAUCUUGACGUUUGUUAAACUUGUAAAACGUCGGGGUGACUGAACGUCCGUCUCAACGUUGUCAUAGUAAUAUUACAGAAAUCAGUAAUUACCUACAUUCCUUUGUGAUUGUCUGAACAUGUCUACGUGUGUCGGUUAGCGAGAGGCCGCGAUAUGAAAGACGUGUCGGUUUUAGAUUAGUUGUAGAUUUGUGUCAUCGGUAAUAAGACGUACUGACCACAAUAACCGACGUAGUACAUGUAAUACGUAUUGACAGGGCUUGUUUGUAGAAUUACUAGUAUUUAAAAACGGUGAUGGUUUCACUCGAACGGUGCUUGCAUAUGUUAUGCAUAUUUAACUUUCCGCUGAUUAUUUUGUGAUUUUUGUACAUGAUUGCAGGCAGAAUUAGUGUUUUUGUUUGAGUUUUAAGUUUAUUCCAAUACAUCGUUUUAAUUUUCCAUGUUUAUUGCAGGAUACAUUUUAUAUGCAUUAACUUUUCUAACAUUUGUAUAUUUUGAAAUGCAAUAACAAUAAUUAGAAAAAACCCA